AUGUCGCCCCUUUCUUUUGCCGCAUCUGCAACGUCGGGAAUACCUCUGACGUUUCUCUGGCCAGUCAAAUUCUGCUUUUAUAGUACAUUGACUACAUACGUGCUUUCAAUCAUAACCGGAAAUGUGUCACAAGUUGAUCGUGUAUGGACGUUUCUGCCUGUGGUCUAUACCAUCUACUAUGCCCUUCUGCCAUUCUGGCCAGUAAGGUCUCCGCUCCCUCUAUUUCCGUACGCCCCAGAGGGCUUGGAUCGGACUCUCGUAAACCAAGCGAACCCGCGAACAUUCGUGAUGGCCGCUUUGCAGAUUCUGUGGAUGUGUCGACUAAGCUACAAUACAUGGCGUCGUGGCUUAUUCAGUCUCCAUGAAGAAGAUUAUCGCUGGGAAAUUCUCCGCACAAAAAUACCGAAGUGGCUCUUCCAAAUCUUCAAUCUCUUCUUCAUUGCGAUAACUCAGAACAUAUUGCUAUUUCUUCUUGCUGUCCCAACACAUAAUGCCGCAAUACUUGCGCCGGCCGAUCGCGGCCUUAAACUUCCGGAUUUCGUACUUACUCUCCUGAGCAUCAUAACUCUUGUCAUCGAAUUUGUUGCCGAUAAUCAACAAUACAGCUACCAAGCUCACAAGCGAAGCGGUGUUUACAAUGAGCACGAAUGGCCAGGCGCGCGAAUUCGGUGGACUCAGGCCGACGUGCAGCGCGGUUUCAUCACUCGCGGACUUUGGGCUUGGAGCAGACAUCCAAACUUCGCAUGCGAACAAACGUUUUGGAUCCUCCAGGCUCUCUUCCCUAUUCUUGCGACUCCACGCCUCGAGAAGCUGUCGCGUGGAGAGAUCACGCCACUCGUAUCGUUGAUCCCUCCCUUGGCAUUGUGCAUGCUCUUCUUCAGUUCGACUAUUUUUACAGAGUCGAUUUCUGAGGGCAAGUACCCCAAAGCUUAUCGCGCGUACAAGAGCAGGGUGGCGAUGUUCGUACCUUUCCUCACUCCUAUUUGGGGUCUGCUAUUGCAGCUGCUAGGGAAAAAGGAGUAUUGUGAUCGCCUUGUAUAUGGCGACGCCAUCACGAAAGAAGUGAUCGAGAAUAAGGACAAGUAA